GCCGACUGUUCUAGGGGCGGAGCUACGCUGGGUGAUUGACGCGGAGGUCCAUCCAGGGAGAGGCGGGGCCAAGGCCGGGGCCUGACUAAACCUGGACUCGGGUAGCCGAGGGGCUUCAUCCCAGCUGAGGAGCGAAGAACCGCAGGCUGCCACGCACCUCACAGCCGUUCGGGGUUUUUAGAACUUCAGCUAUAAAAAUGGGCAGAAUUUUCCUUGAUCAUAUUGGUGGUACCCGUCUGUUUUCUUGUGCAAACUGUGAUACGAUUCUGACCAACCGCUCAGAGCUCAUCUCCACUCGGUUCACAGGCGCCACUGGGAGAGCAUUUCUUUUUAACAAGGUAGUUAACCUGCAGUACAGUGAAGUUCAAGACCGGGUCAUGCUCACUGGCCGCCACAUGGUUCGGGAUGUGAGCUGCAAAAACUGCAAUAGCAAACUGGGAUGGAUCUAUGAGUUUGCUACUGAAGACAGCCAGCGUUAUAAGGAAGGCCGUGUGAUCUUGGAACGCGCUCUAGUUCGAGAGAGUGAGGGGUUUGAGGAGCAUGUACCAUCUGAUAACUCUUGAAGAAUAAGAGAUAACUCCAUCUUUUCCCAGGUCUCCUUCACUGAAAACAAAAAUCUACUUACAUACACUGUCACCUUAGCAUCAGAGUCGGAUUCAUGAACUGCGGAACAAGAGGUUGUGAGAAUCUAAGAGGGAACCUUUCUUUCUUUCUUUUUUUCAAUUUCCUAUUUUCCAUCCAACAGCAGUGUGUAGAGAGAAUAUUAUGCAGAUGCCGUUAAUUUUUUUUUCCCUAUGUUUACACCUUGAGGCAGAAUAGUCUAUCUGCAGCUACAUGGUGGCUAUGUGAGGAAAAAAAUCUGGGCUAUUAGAGUGAAAAGUGUGUUUUAUGUAAAUUUUGAAAGGAAAAUGUGUCAAGAGCAUGGUUUUUAAACUUAUUUGGGCUUCAUUUUAAAACUUUUUUUUUUUUUUAACCCCAGUUAUUUCACUUGAUUUGCUAGCUUCAGAGAAGAGAUCCGAAUUUGUGACCAGAGCUAAAGGUUCAGUGUUAGUAUGGCUUGUGCUGGCCAUUGUGCCAUAUUCUUGUUGGAGAUGAACCGUAGCACCCGAGCCCAUUCUUUCUUGUCAGUCUUGACCCAGAGAUGUCACCAUUCCUAGUUAUUUGUCACCACAUAAUUGGUGUUGAUUGGAAACUUCCUGAAAUGGGGCAGAACUGCUUGGUUGUCUUUUCCAUGUAACUUAAGCAUAGUAAUAUAAAUAAAGUGAUAGUUGGAUGUUUUUGUUCCUGUGUUGCUUUUAAAAACACCGUUUCAAAGAGCAGAGUAUUUACAAAGUAAUUUCCAUACUAGUGUUUCUUUUCAUCGCUUAAGCUAAAUUGACUGUAUAUUACUUUGUUUAAAUUAAAACAUGCUGUUUAAACCCACAGUAUUGUAUUUAGAAAACAGUUGAACAGAAUGUCAAUGUGCACUCAUGCAGAAAGCAUUUCAUCUGCAUGUGGUUCUAAAAGAAGGGGGAAACGAAGCAGCUUCUCUAAAAAUUCUGCUUUGCAAAGCAUUUCAGCCUAGCCUCAGUUUUGUGUUUCAGGCUAUCCUUUGUUUUGCGUUGAUUUUGACAAGUCUUUAGAACCUAAUAGUUCCAUCAAAGGACUAGCUCUCAUUAGCAUUAUUUUCUCAGAUCUUCCCUAAGAAAUUCAGCUAUUGAAAUUGAAACUGUACUUGGUCCCUUCAAGUAGACAGGGGUCAAAUUUGACUCAGGGUGUUAUUUUAGCCCCAAAUUCGCAACAUUAUGAAUUAUUAAAAUGAAAAUGUUUCUUUAUCCAAACUAUUUCUAGAUUGUCUGACAUUUGUUUCUAGUGGAAUAAACGAUGUUAAAAUUAGCUAAUUUAAAUGAAUGAAUGGAUGUUUGAGUGCUCAGUUUUUAGGUCUUUGUUUAGAGAGGAAAUUUGCCUCAAUUAGCAAAAUCUUUCUGUCACUGAUAUUAAAAGUUUCUUCUGAGUACAGUUAAGUUUCUCUUAUUUGCUUUUGGGCUCUUGGUUAGAGGUAUAGGGAUCUGAUUAGGUGUAUAAUACUGCAUUUGAGAUGAGUGGACACAAAUUCUUCUGUCUUUCACCAUGGACUAAAUCUUUUAAGCAUUAAGAAACAUUCAUUCCCAUUCAUUUCCAUACCGGCCUUUGAUUAUAUGCCGAUUCCUAGUAGCAUGCCUUACCUAUAGCACUAUGUGCAUUUGCUGUCACAAUAAAGUAUAUUUUAUCUUGCA